AUGCAGUUCACCAUCUCUUCCAUCGUUAUGGCCGGCCUUGCCUCUGUCGCCAUGGCUGCCCCGACUCCUGAUACUCCCACCACCGGCGGUGACGGUGCUCCCGGCAGCUUCUUCCUCGUCGUCCAAUCCAAGGACAACCAUGUCAAUGGAUGCGCCGUCUCCUACCACACCGGCGCAGGGCUGUCCGACGCGACCAUCGCGGACUGCGGACCCGCUCCGCCAAAGGACUUCACCUUUGUCAACAACAAGAUCAACUACCUCAACUACGGUGACGAUAUUCCCUCGGCGGUGAAUGCGCAGAACGGCCUUUCAAGCUACGACAACUGGGGCAGUGUUGUCAUCAAUGCCGGUGACGCCGGUUCCAACUUCACCUACGAUCUGGCGACAGGGUUCCUGCAGCAAGAGAAUGGUCUUGGUUUCCUCGCAUGCGGCUGGGCGCACAAUGGCACGUGGCAGCUCUUUGCUCUCAGCAGCCAGGAUGCCCCCAUCCUUCCUAACUGUGAGGCUGUCACUGUCAAGCGUGGUUGCUACAACUUUGACCCCAACUGCGUCAACAACACCUUCUAA